GGGAAGAGAUCCAGCUGUGGUCCUGGGUGACUGAUGGAUGUUUUCCCAUUCAAAGGGAGGUAGGAGGUUCUCACGCUGAAGAAAUACGUCAACUGGAAGCGAUUUGUGCAGCCUUUCAUAGAGACAAAGUUCUCUUCAACGAAGAGGGCUGAAUGGUUUGUUCUGGUUAGUCCUGAGGCUAGAUGAAUGCUCCAAUGAAUGAAAAAGCAUUUGGAGAUCCUCAAGAUUCCUUCAACCUAUUUGGAAUUAUAUCAUAGGACAGAGAAAGAUGGCAAGCCAUCCUUUAGCAAAUGAGAGAACUGGAAAAAACCCUUCUGGUGCUCAGCCUGGGAACUGUGGGGAGAUCUGGGCAAGAACUGGGCAGAAGAUCCUGGAGGAGGAAACCAUCGUUUCACAAGUUCAUGCCUGGAACUUCAGGAGCAUCCAAUAUCAGGGGGAUGAAGGUCCCCGAGGACUUUGCACCCGACUCCACUACUUUUGUAAUCGAUGGUUGAGACCAGAAAAGCACACAAAAGCGCAGAUGCUGGACCUGGUUGUUUUGGAGCAGUUCCUGGCCCUUCUGCCCGUGCAGAUGCAGAGCUGGGUGCGGGAGUGUGGAGCAGAGACCAGCUCCCAGGUGGUGGCCCUGGUGGAAGGCUUCCUCCUGAGCCAGGCGGAGGAGAAGAAGGAGCAGGUUGAGUUGCAGUCCUUCACUGUGGAGAUCAGAGAUCCUGAGGGAAAGAGGCAUCUAUCGGAUACCCCUCAGGAACUAUUUUUCUUGAGGACUACUCAGGACGACAUAAAUCAAGAAACAUCCAGAGGGAAUAAUAGGCUGAAGCUGACACUUCCUUAUGAUGAAGAUGAAACAAUGGUUGAACCUCCAACUCAAGAGGGUAUUGUGCCCUUUGAGGAGGUGGCUGUUUAUUUCUCUGAUGAGGAAUGGUCUCAGCUGGAUCCUCACCAAAAAGGUCUGCAUCGGGAAGUCAUGCUGGAAAAUUAUAGGAAUGCAGCUUCUUUAGGUAACAAUGGGCAGGAGAAUACAGAGUCAAUUGAACCAUUCCAAAAGUUCAGACUUGGGAACAGAACAGAGAAGCCUGCAAAUCAAAUGGAACAACAAAGGCAGGAGAGAAACCUGUCAAAUCAUUGGAAUAAGGAAAGCUUAUCUUCAGUUGAUGCUCAGUUGCAAGGCUUUCUUGACCAACUAGGAAAAAUAAAGAAAAAAUAUACUGGGACAGGUUUAGGACCAUUCAAAGACAUAUUAGACGUAAAUGAAUAUUAUCCAACCCAACCCAAACCAGAAGACUACAUAUGCAAUGACAACGGAAGAAAUUACAAUGGGAUUUUCACUCUUUCUAGAGAAAGAGCGACAUCUCGUAAAAGAAUGCACAUAGGAGAGAAGCCAUUUAAAUACAUUGAGUGUGGAAAGCACCAACAUGGUCAUCUUACUUCCCAUAACAGAAGUCAUAUAGGGGAGAAGCUAUAUAAAUGCAUGGAGUGUGGAAAGGGCUUCAGC